ACUUUUGUAUAACUAGAGUGUGUUUCGGAGAGCUUAUUUGCAGCGGUGGCGUUCUGAAAAUGCCACCGUCAUUUUGGAAAUCUUAUUUAUGUAGCUUUUUGUAAAACUCCGUUCCCAUUUUACUAUAAGUGGUACCCACGAUCCGCGUUUCAUAUUGUGGAAAGAUGACUAAUGCCCCUCCUCGCUCCUCAGUCCUAAUUUCGCAAGUGGCGAAUCAAACUCAUCUCCCUCUCCGAUCCAGCACAUCACAACACUCUGUCGCUUGAUCCGCGUCUCCCUUCAUCUUCGGCAAUCGUUCUCACAGAGCAACCCAAGAAAUCGUUCAUGUUGGCGACUACGAUUUCGCUGCCGGUGAUCGACCUCACCGACUUCCCGUCUGAGCUGAACAAACUGGCGGCGGCAAGCACCACGCUGGGCUGCUUCCGGGUCGUCAACCAUGGCAUACCGGCGGCGAUUCUAGCCGAAAUGAAGGCCGUCGUUCGAUCCCUCUUCGACAUUUCGGCCGAUGCUAAGCUUCUUAACGCUGAUGUAAUCCCCGGCAGCGGAUACAUGUCUCCCUCUCCGAAGAACCCUUUCUAUGAAUCGUUCGGUCUCUACGAUGCAGCCUCCUCUUCUGAUGUCCACGCUUUCUGCUCCCUCUUGGAGGCUUCGCCUUUUCAUCGAGAAACAAUAAGUUCAUAUGCUUUAAAACUCCAUGCCUUGAUUGUGGAAAUAGCAUCUAAAGUGGCAGAGAGUUUGGGUUUGGCGGGCUACUCGUUUCAGGACUGGCCUUGUCAGUUAAGGCUAAACAAGUAUAACUUCACCAAUGAAACAGUUGGCUUUCCUGGUGUUCAGAUCCACACAGACUCUGGCUUCCUCACUGUUCUCCAAGAAGAUGAGUCUGUUGGUGGGCUUGAGAUCAUGGAUCGUACCGGAAAUUUUGUGGCUGUUGAUCCUGAACCUGGUACUUUUCUUGUUAAUCUUGGUGAUAUUGGGAAGGUGUGGAGCAAUGGAAGACUUCAUAAUGUAAAGCAUAGGGUGGAAUGCAAGGAAGCACGACCGCGGGUCUCUAUUGCGCUGUUCAUGCUCGCACCAAAAGACGACAGGGUCGAGCCUCAACAAGAACUCAUCGAUUCCGACCACCCACGACUCUAUCAGACCUUCUCCUUCGAGGAGUAUCGAAAACUCAGGCUCAACACCGAGGCAAGAGCUGGUGAAGCUCUCUCCCUUCUUGCCUUUGAUCAAAGGACUGUUAGGGGUUGAUAAAGUACUUAUAUAUGUAUAUAUUCUGGAUGAUGAGUGUAAAGAGAGCUCAUCUACUCUCAGGUAUUAUAUCUAAAUUGUUGUUGGCUACUUAUGUGUUUGGAACCAAAUAUUAUGUUGUAUU